AAGUUAAAUUGUUUUUUGGUUUUCAGAAUUAAAAAGCCUUAAUAUUUUACAGUAUAAAACUAUAAAUUAUCUCUUCCUUUUUCUUUUUCGGUUUCCUAAGCCUUCAUUUCCUCUCUUUCCUCAUCCACUGUUUCUCCCCGUUUUAUUCCUCGCCGGAAAACCUCUUCUUCAGCCGGAAAACCGCCUCCUUACCGGUGACCUACUUCCGUGACUCCUGACGAGGCUGGCUGCUACUUUCUGAUUCACACGUUUGUAUAUCCUCAUAAUUUGCUUUGGCUGUCUUCGAAGGUUUUGGAUCCCUCUCGGUCUGGUUUCAGCCCUGUGCUCGGCGUUAUUCGAGAAUGUGGUGAGUCUGUUCGUUGCUGCGGGCUCUCUCUUAAUCUGUAAAAUCCAGGAUCGUGAUCUAGGGUUUGGCUCUGGGAUUUGGAUCCAGUUACGUCAUUGUUUUGUGAUUUCAUGACCAAGUGGGCGAAGGCUGAGGCCUAAAAGGAGCUACCUCGGGAUGAAAUGGUGGAAGGAAGAGUUUGUUUGCCCAAGGAAGCUGGAAAUGUAUUAGAAUCUUUGAAGUGUAAAAGGCUUCACCAAGCAAAAUCUUCAACUGCCACCGAGAUAACUGUUGAUAAUAUGAUGACAAGAAGCGGAGGGGAUGCUUUGAGGGCUUCGUCAUCGUGCGGUAUGAGAUUGCAUGGUAAUGCAGAUGCCUUUUCCAAGCGGAAAGUGGAUAAGUUUGACAUGAGUGAUCUAGAAUGGACAGAAAAAAUUCCCGAGUGUCCUGUGUACUCCCCAACAAAGGAGGAAUUUGAGGACCCUUUGGUUUAUUUGCAAAAGAUAAUUCCUGUGGCUUCGAGAUAUGGUAUAUGCAAGAUUAUUUCCCCUUUAAGUGCUUCAGUUCCUGCUGGAGUUGUGUUGAUGAAGGAGAAAGCAGGAUUUAAGUUUGCAACUAGAGUACAGCCACUUCGCCUUGCUGAGUGGGAUACUGAAGACAAAGUUACAUUUUUCAUGAGUGGAAGAAAUUAUACAUUUCGCGAUUUUGAAAAAAUGGCAAACAAGGCUUUUGCACGUAGAUAUUGCAGUGCUGGAUGUCUUCCUGCCACAUUUUUGGAAAAAGAGUUUUGGCAUGAAAUUAGGUGUGGAAAGAUGGAAACUGUCGAAUAUGCAUGUGAUGUUGAUGGUAGUGCUUUUUCCUCUUCUCCUAAUGAUCAACUUGGGAGCAGCAAAUGGAAUUUGAAGAAGCUUUCUCGGCUGCCCAAGUCCAUUUUGCGGCUCUUGGAAACAGUAAUUCCGGGAGUAACAGAACCUAUGCUAUACAUUGGAAUGCUGUUUAGUAUGUUUGCUUGGCAUGUUGAGGAUCACUUUUUGUACAGUAUUAAUUAUCAUCACUGUGGGGCAUCAAAAACUUGGUACGGCAUUCCAGGUCACGCAGCUUUGGAAUUUGAAAGGGUCGUCAGAGAACAUGUGUAUACUAAUGAUAUUCUGUCAAGUGAAGGGGAAGAUGGAGCCUUUGAUGUUCUGCUGGGGAAAACAACUCUGUUUCCUCCAAAUAUUUUGUUGGAACAUGAAGUGCCGGUCUACAAAGCUGUUCAAAGACCGGGAGAGUUUAUUGUUACCUUUCCUGGAGCAUAUCAUUCUGGUUUUAGUCAUGGUUUUAACUGUGGAGAAGCAGUGAAUUUUGCCAUUGGUGAUUGGUUUCCUCUAGGGGCAAUGGCCAGUAGGCGAUAUGCUCAUCUAAACAGGGUUCCUUUGCUACCUCACGAAGAACUUUUAAGCAAAGAAGCAAUGCUUCUCUAUACAAGUUUAGAACUUGAAGAUUCAGACUUUCCUUCUGCAGACUUGAUGUUCCAUAAUAGCAUCAAGAUAUCUUUUGUUAAUUUGAUGCGCUUCCAGCAUUGUGCUCGCUGGUUCUUAAUUAAAUCAAGGGUGUGCACAAAUGUUUCUUCACACUCGCAUGGCUCAAUUCUCUGUAGUCUCUGCAAGCGUGACUGUUAUGUAGCAUAUGUUGACUGUGACUGUCACAUGCAUCCAGUGUGUCUACGCCAUGAUGUCGAAUCUCUUGAUUUCUGCUGUGGGAGAAAACCCAUACUUUACUUGAGGGAGGAUAUUGAGGAUAUGGAAGCUGCUGCCAAGAGGUUUGAGCAGGAAGAUGGAAUAUUGGAUGCGAUAAUGAAGCAGAUCAAGGCUGACAAUAACAUGUAUUCAUAUCCCUUGAAAAAUAUGUUUCAGAGAGCUGAAGCCGAUGGAUAUACCCCUUAUUGUGAGAUAAAAUUUGAUCCUGGUACUGAAUCUUACUCAGGCUCAGAUCAGUUAAUAAAUAUUCAAGAGCGUGCUAUUCAAAAUCAAUGGCCUUUGAGGCAUCGCUCAGGAUCAGAAUAUCACAAACCCGAAGUGUCUGAUGUUUCCUUCGUUUCUGCUGCAUCUGCUCUUUUCUCUCUUUCUGAUCCUCUUGAGUGUUCUGCCACUACAGAAAAUGAUGAUAGGCGUGCAAACUUGGGCCUUGUUAAUUUUGAAGAGGUAUGUGAAAGAGUGUCCCCUAGUGUAUGUGGAUCCUCAGUAUCCCCUACACGGAAUCACGACAGCUCGAGUGAACCUCAUGGUGAUCUUUAUAGAUUAGAGAUGACAUCCACCGUGACCAAUGACAGCGAUGAUUCUGAUUCAGAGAUAUUUAGGGUAAAGCGGCCUUCUUCUUUAAAGGCGGAGAGGAGAAAUGGGAAUGAUGGGACGUGUCCUAGGCAUUUUGACCACCAGGGACUAAAACGAUUGAAGAAGAACUGUGAUGAAGGAAGAAGUGGGGAACUAAUAGACUACGGCAAAGGCAGUGAAUCAGGUUACAGCAAGUUGAGGCACCCAGCAUAUCACAAAAUUGACGGCGAAACCUGUACCAGGGAAAGAUAUCCAAAGGUUUAUAGUAAUCCCAUUUCCAUAAGGUACAAGAAACUAGGAAACGAGGACUUGAGUGGAGGAGAUCACCACAAGAGAAACUGGUUGCAGCAGAGUAUGAUGGAACCAUCGUCUCCCAAAGAGAUUGGGAUUGGACCAAAGCGGCUUAAAGUGCGAGGCCCCUUCAUUCCUGGGCUUACAGAGCCAGAUUGAGAACUAAUAGGGAUGCAUAUGUCUGACUCUGCUAACUUGAUUUAGCUAAAUGGGCAUUCUAAUAACACGAGUAAUCCAAAGGACUUGAUUCUGCCAAGGAAGCAGCGGCACGAUGAAGAUGAAGACAUUAACCACGUAGGAUAAGGAUAUUACAUUCUUUGGUGCGGGCCCUACAAUUUGGGCUGCUGCACUUUGGUGAUCUCGGGGUUGUGGGGCCCAGGUGUUUUUCUAACUUGGGCCAGAAACCUAUAUUGCAAAAGCUAGAACUAGUUAGGAUUGGGUUAGCCACUCCACUCCAUUGUAAAUUUGUUUUCAUUUUUUUCUUUUGAUCCAUCAUCAGUCGUAUGGGUCGUCUUAGGAAUAUGGGUCUUCGUUGUUUACUGAUUUUAAUGCCUCCCUGCUUUGUAAGUUCAUUCAUUCUUUUUGUAGCAACAGGUCUCUCUGUACCUUGAACUACGAAAAUAAUUUUCACAGAAAUCUUUCCCUUCUCUCA